AGGCGCGCGCGCAUGGCUGCUCUCUCCAGUCAGCGGCAGCUAACAUGGCCGGCUCUGAGGAGUGCGGUUACUUUGGAUCUUAUCUCUGCUUUCUAGGUGGCGCCACGGCGCUGUAUUACCUGCUGAAGUGGUCGUGGAUGACUUGGCAAGGCGUCAAAGUGUACAUGCUGUCCAACAUCUGGCAAACAGAUCUGAGAGAGUACGGACAGUGGGCAGUGGUCACAGGGGCAACGGCAGGGAUUGGACGAGCCUAUGCCAUUGAGCUCGCCAGACGAGGACUGGACAUUGUUCUGAUCAGUAGAUCGCAAGAGAAGCUUCGCAGAGUUUCUGACGAGAUAGAAUCACGUUACGGACGGCAGACUCGAGUCAUUCAGGCAGACUUCACUGAGGGCCACUCUAUUUAUCCAGCUAUAGCAGAGCAACUCAAAGGCCUGGAGAUUGGCAUUCUGGUGAAUAAUGUUGGUAUGAAUUAUGCUGGAAUGUUGGUGAACUUCUUAGAUGUUCCUGACCCUGAAAAGAGAAUCACUGAAGUGAUCAAUUGCAACAUCCUCUCCGUCACACAGAUGAGCAGACUGAUUUUGCCACAGAUGGUUGAAAGGGGUAAAGGACUUCUCAUCAACAUGUCAUCAGAAGCUGGUUCUCAGCCUCAGCCCAUGCUCACAUUGUACUCAGCUACAAAGAUAUUUGUCACAUAUUUCUCUCGCUGUCUUCAUGCAGAAUACCAGCCACGAGGAGUCACAGUUCAGUGUGUGACUCCAUUCAUGGUGUCCACUAAUAUGACGCAUAACAUUGAGGUUAAUCCUCUGGUGAAAAGUGCAUCAUCAUUUGCCAGAGACGCUCUCAACACUGUGGGUUACAGCUCCUUCACCAGUGGUUGUAUUACACACGCCCUGCAGCAUAUCGCUCUGACGAUCUUCUUCCCAGGUUGGCUGCGACUGUCUCCAUUUUUUGUGCACCGUGUUGAGAAGUUUGCACAAGAAAUGAAGCAGCAAAUAGAAGCGAGAAUGGCACAGUGCCAGAAGAAGCAGGAAUGAUGAAGACAAAUAAACCCACACCAGGACGAAGUCACAUGACCACACAAAUGACCUGAUGUGACUGAUUUGCUCUUCUGGAUAUGGAUCUCAACACUAAUCCCUUCUCACCAAACCCUGCUUUAAUCAGAUUUGGAAGGAUUUUUGGCAUACAUUCUCAGCAUGCAGUGAAUUUUCACUGAUGUAGAUGUUCAAACAUUUACAGAUCCCAGCCAAAGAUGAAAUGUAGUUGACUAGCCAAGAUAUGUUUGGUAUCCAAGUUUUUCAGGUUUUUUUUAAUUAUGUAUGGAGCUGUGCAGAUGACAUCCGUUCUUAAUAAGUGGGAACAGGAUGCUAUUGUGUGGCCACGACUUAGUAACGUAAGCGACCGUGAUAAUUAAGUGUGGCCACAGUUUAAUAAGGUGCAAUCAUUGUGUUAUGGAGAUUACAUGCCUCAACGCCUACAAUGUUCUGUUUCUUUACAACCAUAGAUACUAUAAACAAACCCCAUUGUGUGGCAGAAGAAUAUAUUGAUCUGCUUUAUUUAAUUAAUUAACUUAAUUAUCUCUUUUCCACACCUUCCUAAGUUGUGGCCAUGCAGGAAGAUCAAUUAUGAAGGGAUGACACCUGUGGCGCUCUGUAGUUAACAAAUAAAGAGAAAUUUAUAGCUGGGAGUUUGGCAUUAUGCAAACUGAAAGUCUAAUUCAUCCCACUUACCUCAAAACACACUGUACAUAAACUAGCAAAUACCUUUGUACAGGGCCGUAACCACCAUAGACAUUGAGGGGCACACAUCCCACCCAAUAAUCAGAUAUGGCCAAAUUGUUGUUAGGAUGACAUGACAAAAAGUUUAAAAAGUUACAUUUUUAGGGUGGUCUGCCUCAGUGGUCUAGCAGCACUCGUCAAUGUCAAAAUGUUCAUCAAAUCAAAGCGUUACUGUUCACAGAAGCUGCCCAACGCUUCAGUUUUAACGGUGAAAGGGUGCGAGGUAAGAUGUAAGCUAAGUAGCUAAAGUUUAAUAUUAGACAACUGGUUUACGAUAAAAAUGUUAAAAGACCGACAGUAAUAUCCAGGGAUGCAAACAUUUACAUGAUUCAUGUAAUGUAAUGCAUUAUUGUCAUAGAUGGAGAACCAAAAAGGACCAUUACCCCCAUUAACCCCCCCACCCCAUAGCUGUCUUUAGCUACUUUCGAUGCCUUUUUCUCCAUUUUUGUAGGUAACUGUGUUAUACAGAGCCAGAAACAACACAAAUAAGUAUAUUUCAAUAUACUUUACAACUCAACAUGGUUUGAGGUAAGUGUGUGAUAAUUUAGGCAUGUGGUUUGCAUAAUGCUAAAUUGGACGCUAAUACCGUACCUUAUGUAGGGUAUUUAGCUACAUUAGCUUCAGAAUACAGAUGUGUGCGUGCAUUUUUAAGUCUUACUUCUGCAGCUAUUACUUUUGCAUGAACCAGAUAAGUUUUUUAGAAAAAUAUGGUGCGGGUACAAUUUCCCAAAUAUAUGAGCAAAUUUUAGACCAGAUUUUUAAACCACUGCAAAUGAAUGAAAGUGGCCAAUGGCGUCACACAGAGACGCGGGAGUACGCCCUCGAGCUUGAUGAUGUACACACACAUCUACUUCAGACAGCACGUCUUGGAUGAAUGAGUAUUUUUUCAGGUUUAAAUUUUAUUUCAGGUCAAACUCUUGUUUUAUUCAGAAAUGCAGUGUGCAAUAAUACAAUCAAUGAACUGGGCUGUGGAUCAGAAAUAGAGAGCAGUAGAGAAGAUAUAGGACUCAGAAAGGGAACAGGAAAUAUUUAACCAGUUUAUUGUGUACAUAUUUGUUUAAUAUAUAAUAAUAUUGCCCAAUGUUUGUUAACUACAGCAGAAUAUGUAUUGUUAAUACAGGACCUCUUUUAUAUAAAUAUACAUUAAAUUACAGCACAAGACCAUCA